CGGCCGCGUCGUGCUUCAUCCAUUCAUCCUCGAUACGCCAUGCUCAGGUUGUUGGGAUUGCUCAGUAUAGCCAGCUUGAUACUCAUAGGAAAUGCCUUAGAUGUAACCGGCAGAAUUGCGUGGAACGCCGUCUGCAUCAACUACAAAGCUUUGGGACAAACGCGAGUCAAGUUGGACAACGGAAAGUACUCCGCUAACGUCGCUCAGGAUGGUGUAUUCACUAUACCAAACGUCAACCCUGGAACUUAUGUAUUCUCCGCGAUGUCCCAUAAUUAUGCUUUCGACCAACUUCGAAUCGAUGUGUAUGAGUCUGCUAUUGAAGUUAGACCAUACGUUCCCGGGACCCCACUCAAUCCUCCCUCGACAAUAACCUUGCAGUAUCCCAUAGAGUUAUCAGCGAAACAAAAAUACAACUAUUUCGUCCCGCCAGAGUCUUUCAACGUCAUGGGUAUGCUAGGGAGUCCAAUGAUGCUGCUCAUGAUCUUCGGGGGCGGCAUGAUGUUAGCCAUGCCCUACUUGAUGAAAAACUUGGACCCUGAGGCGCUUGAGGACAUGAAGGAACAACAGACCAAGAUGGCAAAGAUGCAGAAUGCCAUGACUAGCGGAGAUCUUAAAGGCGGGUUAUCUGCUUUCAUGUCGAGCUUUGAGGAGCCCCCACCUUCAUCGCAAUCAGUACAAAAGUCUACUCCGGGCGCGAAGAAGAAGAAUACGAAGAAACGAUAG